GGUGUCCUCUCUGCGCCUGCGUGAGCGGAGAGAAGGAGAAGCGGAAGUGGCGCCAGAGACUGUGGCGCUUCCGGUGUGAAGAAGCUGUGAGGAAAAGCGGAGUCAGUGAUGAUCAAAGAAGCUAUGGCUGCAGAUUGGCUUGGAAGUGUUGUCUCCAUCAACUGCGGAGAAAGCCUAGGCGUCUAUCAAGGAAGAGUGUCUGCUGUGGAUCAAACCAGCCAGACCAUCUCCUUAACACGGCCUUUCCAUAAUGGAGUCAAGUGCUUGGUACCAGAAGUCACCUUCAGGGCAGGGGAUAUUAUGGAACUGAAGAUCCUGGAAAUUCCAGGCCCUGGUGAUAACGGACAAUGUGGAGAUUUUCAACACAAUGACCUUGGUAUUUCAAGUAUUGGAUACCAAGGGGGUGCCAGCCAGAACGGCACAGGCAAAUUGCUGAAGAAACCUGCUAGCAGUGCCCCCCAGAAUAUCCCUAGGAGAACAGAUAUGAAAAGCCAGGAUGUUGCCAUUUCCCCGCAGCAGCAGCAAUGUUCCAAGAGCUACAUGGAUCGUCACAUGGAAUCCUUGAGCCAGUCCAAAGGUUUCCGUCGGAGGCAUAACUCGUGGUCCUCCAGCAGCCGUCACCCAAACCAAGUGACUCCAAAAAAGAGCGGUGUGAAGAACGGACCGAUGAAAAACAAAGAUGAUGAAUGCUUUGGGGACGACAUUGAAGAAAUCCCAGACACAGAUUUUGAUUUCGAAGGGAACCUAGCCCUCUUUGACAAGGCAGCUGUAUUUGAGGAGAUUGAAACCUAUGAGAGGAAAAGUGGGACCCGCUCCAGAGGCACGCCAAAUGAGAAAUCCGCCCGCUAUCGCCACGAUGAGAACAUUUUGGAAUCUGAGCCCAUUGUGUACCGAAGAAUCACUGUGCCUCAGGCAAGCAAGGAAUUCUGCACUGACUCAGGGCUGGUGGUGCCAAGUAUCUCUUAUGAGCUCCACAAGAAGCUUCUUUCAGUAGCCGAGAAGCAUGGCCUCACUCUGGAACGGAGAUUGGAAAUGACCGGAGUCUGUGCCAGCCAGAUGGCCCUGAGUCUCCUUGGAGGACCCAACAGGCUGAACCCAAAAAACAUUCACCAGCGACCCACGGUGGCCUUGCUUUGCGGGCCCCACGUCAAAGGGGCCCAAGGCAUCAGCUGCGGGCGGCACCUGUCCAAUCACGACGUAGACGUCAUCCUUUUCCUCCCCAACUUUGUCAAGAUGCUGGAAUCUAUCACCAAUGAGCUCACCUUGUUUGGCAAGACCCAUGGCCAGCAAGUCUCCAGCGUCAAAGACCUGCCAGACACGCCGGUGGACCUGGUGAUCAACUGCUUGGAUUGCCACGAAAAUGCCUACCUGCGGGACCAGCCAUGGUACAAGGCGGCCGUGGACUGGGCCAACCGGAACAGGGCCCCCGUCCUGAGUCUGGACCCGCCGGUGAGCGACGCGGAGCAAGGCAUCGACGCCAAGUGGUCCCUCUCCUUGGGGCUGCCGCUGGGGCUGGGCGAGAGGGCUGGGCGACUAUACCUCUGCGACAUCGGCAUCCCCCAGAAGGUCUUCCAGGAGGUGGGCAUCAACUACCACUCGCCUUUUGGCUGCAAGUUCGUCAUCCCUCUGCACUCGACCUAAAGGGAAGCGGGGCAGGGCCUUCGAGCCUCUGAACCCCAAAGGAUCGCCCAGAAGAUUAAACUCUUGUCUCGACGCCUUAAGGAUGCAAAUGUUCUCAGUUUCUUCCCGGAGAAACGUCAAUGGUAUCAAAGAGAACCGAGAAGCCCAGCCUUGGAGGUUCUUGAGCCAUUCAUCGCAAGGAAGGGCAUCAGCCGGCCAAAGCCUUCAGCCGGCUCUGAUAGUUGGUGGUGGGAGAGAGGAGGGUAAGAUGCUUUUGCAGACACACACAGACACAAGUAUACCAGGCAAUGCGAAUCUUUUUCAUUUUUUUAUUUCAUGUGGAUUUUCUUUUUGUUUUAGACUUUUAUGAUUUUCCAGGACUGGAAGAGAAGAGGUCUCAUAAGGGCUCCCUUUUCCUUGAUGACCAUGUGGGAAUAGUGGUCGUUUGGCCGCAUUUCCCCUCUUGUGCAGCUAGAGCCCUGAGUAUUUUUUCUCCCAACUUGUUGGGACCUUGGGCAGCUUUGUGUUGGAAAGGGAUACGCAAAGGGCACCCGUUUCUAGGCAUUCCUGAAGCUUCACUGAUACCUUUGACCCACUGCUAGCUCAGAUUUGCUUCUUUUUCAGUCAGGGAAGUGAAUAGUAGCAUCUAAUCAAAGUGGUUUGAGGAAGAAAAUAAGGAAGCAGCUUCACGGUUCUGAUAGAAAUAGAUUCCUGCUGGAUUACAGUAUGAGUUCACAUUGUUAAAUCUGCUCCUUUACAAAAAGUAGUUUGUGGGCCAUUGUUUGAAUGAAAGAAAGUUGGCAAGUAUAUUGCGGCUAUGCAGCUGUCAUUGGGCACCAAAGAUACAUGGGAAAAUUCAUAUUGUGAGGCACAGAGUUGCCUCCUUGGUAUGUUUGCAACAAUGACGUGGCUUAAGGAUGUGGUGUCAAUGAGCAGCACCUAAUACGCUGCCAGGAGGAUGCUUAGAGAUGCAAAUGGCAAAGUAUUCAAAGGCCCUGCUGUGUAGGCCGCAGAAGGAGCAAGUUCUUUUCUCUGCAUGUUCCAAUGCACACAGACUUCCUCCUCUUGUGCUUCAGGCAUGAGCUUAUUACAGCUCAUUUGUCGCCAUUGCCUCCUUCUGUCUCUGUCCCGUUUUUGUGGGGAACGCCUUGAGUUGCUGUCUGGGAACCAGCCCCUCGCUGUCGGUGGCUUUGUCAUUGUUACUCUUGACUGCUGCCAGCAGCAUUGUUUCCCCCUUUUUUUAGUUUUCUUUUUGUAGUUAGGCUCUGUGUCCAGACUAUCAGGGGUGCGAUGCGUUGUUGAAGCAGCAAGCUUGAAAACCUGCUUGCUCUGAGAAACCGACCGACCGCCUUUGACCUUCCGUGUCUCUCUCUAAAGGUGCCGUGCAAAACUCUUUCCACUUGUCACAAUCAUUAAACAGUGCAGUAAAGCA